UCAGACGUGGGUGUUUUUGUUUUUGGUUGAGUAUUUUUUAUUUUAUAUUUUUCUCCCCCUCGCGGUUUUCUCUCUCUCUUUUUUUCUUUUUUUUUCUUUCCCCCCCCCCCCCCCCCCCCUCUAUCUCCAAACCUACACAUAUAUCUAUAUUCUAUGCUGAUCGCCUGGUUCAGAUCGGCCAAUGGCUCCCUAUUAUCUCACGGGUCGCGAUGCGAACACUCUUUGGGGAAGAGAUUGUGUCCGAGUCUAGUUCGAGUUCGAAUUGGAAUUGGAACGUGGUGCAGAAUAAUGGUGUCACCGCCGCGCAACUCGUCCCCCAUGUUCACUUUCAUGUGAUUCCUCGGCCGGCGACGAAUGCGCCGCCAAGCGGUGGGAAUGUGAGUUUCGUGAUGUUUGGCCGCGGUCAGAGGGAUGAGUUGGAUGAUGAAGAGGGGGAGAAAUUGGCGGCGUUGUUGAGAGAGGAGCUGGCUAAGGAGGUGGGGAGAGUGAGGGUGGAGGAGGGCGUUGAUCUGGAUCUGGAGAGUAGUGGUGAUGACGGCAGGAAGGGGCCAUUGGGGAAGCUGUGA